GUCCUCCUCCUCCGGCUUCCCCAUUCAUUCCUCCAGUCCACCACCGGAUUUGGUUUCUGGAGUGCAUCAAAGCUUCAGAGAGUAAGAAGUUUCAAUGGAUAAUCUGUUGUCGAAAUUCACAUGGAGGAUUGAAAACUUUUCGCAGUUGGAAGCUGAAAAGCUUGAGUCUCUCCCCUUUGUUGUAAAUGAGAACAAAUUGAUGUUGCGCCUUUAUCCUAAAGGAAGGGAUGCAGAUCAACAUUUGUCUCUGUUCCUUUGCGUUGCCAAUUCAUAUAGCUUACCAGCAGAAUGGAGUAUACCCACAAAGUAUAGUUUAUCUAUCAUUAACCAGAUAGACCCCAGCAAAACGAUCAAGAGAGAGCCCGAAAAAACUUUCCAUUCUGGAGUUGGUUGGGGCUCGUCAAGAUUUAUCGAGCUUGGUAAACUUCAUGAUAAAAGGGAAGGUUAUCUUGUAGAAGACACGUGUUUGAUUGAAGCUGAAGUUUAUGUUUCUCCACCUUCCAAAGAUAAUGAUUCCGAUUCUUCUGUUGAUGUUGAUCCUAUACAGUGUGUGUACAUAGAGGCUCAAUCUUUUCUUGAAUCACUGCCCGAGUCACCAAUAUGCAACUCGACGCCCAAUGCUCCCACAUGUGAAAUGCCUUUGUUUAUUAAAAGAGAUGCGACUUUUGCAAGACAAAUACUCUACAAACUAAUGUCACACCGUUUGGACGAUUUAGCUGAUCCGGAGCAUGAAUCUGCAAUGAUGAGUUCUCUGUCUACACUGACCGACCACCUUCAUCUGUUUCGCGACGCGCAAGCCCAAGAAAUUGUGAAGUUGAAAGCUACAUUUCCUCAAACAAUGCAAGAGUGGAGAGAGUCCUUUCAAGUCAAGAAGAACACCAGUGUCCAUCCAUGGUCUACUUUUGAGAAGGCCAAAUGUUUUCUCCAAGAAUUGGUGAAAGCAGAAGACGAAAUAAAGAUUGAACUGGAGGAUUUAAGCAAGAAAGAAACUGAAUUGGAAGCUCAGCUGGAGGUAAUCCAAAGCAAGAGUCAACUACUCAAAGAGGAAAGAGAGGAAAUUUCAAAGCAGAUGAAGAUAUUUUGGUCUCUUGCUUUGGACAAGGUUAGCAAAAUCGGACUUAAAAAUGUUAAGGUGGACAGUGCAAACCAACUGCUGGAGCAGAGAUUGAAGUUAAAAUGGGUUGCAAUGAGACAUCUCUUUGGAAUUGGCUGAGAAGGAAAAAAUGGGAUGGACAAAUGGACAAUAACACCCAGUUUCCCAUACACCAUUAUUUUUUAUAAUAUUCUUACAUUUUUACCAAGUCUUUAUCUAAUUUGAAGGCAUUCUGUGGAUGUCUUUUGGAGAUGUUUCUCAAGACUGCUGUUUUUUGUUACUUUAGUUGUUUCUCUUGUAGAGAUUGUGGCCCAAUUAGUUUUCUGGGGUGCAUGCUCUGAAAAUGUGUAAAAAUGUUGUACUUUGUCUGCAAUUUUAUUUUUAUGAUUUCAUGGAUUGAAAAAAGUGUACAAAAUAAAUACUCGGUAUUAUG